AAGGACCGCUGCUACCCGCAGUGUGCGGGGGCCAUCGGCGGGACCCACAUCCCCAUCGCCCCCCCCAGAGACAACCCCGACCACUACAUCAACGAGAGGGGCUGGCACUCUGUGAUCCUGCAGGCGGUGGUGGACCACAACCUGUGUUUCACGGACGUCUACGCCGGUUGGCCCGGAAGCAGCAGCAGCGCCUCCGUGCUCUCCAGCUCAGACCUGUACCUGAAGGCAGAGGACCGGCCGGACGGAUACCUGUUCCCCAGAGAGAAGUCCCUGGUGUCUGACGGAGUGGAAAUCCCCGUCCACCUCAUUGGCGACGCGUCGUUCCCCCUGAAGCCGUGGCUGAUGAAAGGUUACAGCCCGGAGCACCAGCUGUCCCCCGAGCAGCGCCGCUUCUCUUACGCCCUGGCCUCCGCCCGCUCCGUGGUGGACGCUGCCUUCGCGCGGCUGAAAGGACGUUGGCGGUGUCUGCUGAAGAAGAGCGACAUCGACAUCUCCAUGAUGCCCCGAGUGGUCGCUGCGUGCUGCGUCCUGCACAACAUCUGCGAGACCCGCGGAGACGGUUUCCUCCCCGAGUGGAACGCAGAGACGGCACCUUCUGGAAGUUACCUGAGACAACCUGAGACGGAACCGUACGACGGAGACACGUACUGCACCGCCGAGGUCAUCAGAGACACCAUCACCUACAACCUGCUGACUAUACUGCAGUACUGAUCAAUAUACUGAUCAUUAUACUGAUCAAUAUACU